AUGGAGAAAUCAGGGGCGGCGGAGGCAGAGUUGUCUACGGCGGCGGAGAGUGCGGCAGCGCUGGCGGCGGAGAAGAAGGUUGGGGAGCUGAAGAGAGAGCUGUGGAGGCUGGUGAGGUUGAUCUCCGACGAUGACGACGGCCGGAUCGACAGCUACGACGAGGCGGCGAACUCACUCGCGGAGCUCAAGGAUCUCACGUUCGGUUCGCCGGCGGUCCCCCAGCACUUCUUGUGCCCGAUCUCCUGCGAGCUAAUGAGGGAUCCCGUGAUUGUGGCAUCCGGGGAGACCUACGACCGGCCAUUCAUUCAGAAGUUGCUGAAUUCUGGGGACCGGAUAUGCCCGCGGAGCCAUGAGGUUCUCCCCAACACCAUCCUCACCCCCAACCAUCUUCUCCAAAGCAUGAUAUCGGAAUGGUGCAAGGAGCAUGACAUCCCUCAGCCUCGACCUUGGAGCCAACAUGAAGACCUGAUCACAAGAAAAGAGCAUUACGCACUUUACAAGCUCCUCGACAAGAUUUCUUCAUCCUCCUUGCAGAAGCAAGCCAUGAAGGAGCUCCGGCUUCUCACCAAGCACAACGAGGCCUUCCGAGCCCUCUUAGGGGAGAAACCAGAUACAAUCCCCCAACUGCUCUCCGUUCUCUCUGCGCCAGGCUUGAAUGAUGAUCCAGAAUUCCACAACAACACUGUGACCGCAAUCCUAAAUAUUUCAAUCCAUGAUAGGAACAAGAAGAUUGUUGGAGAUGACCCCCAAGCCAUCCCCUUCCUCAUUGAUUCAUUGAAGGAUGGAACCAUGGAGACUCGGAGCAAUGCGGCUGCCGGCCUAUUCUGCUUAUCAGCACUUGACUCCAACAAGCUUAAGAUUGUUGAACUGGGAGCCAUCAAACCCCUUCUGGAGCUCCUGGAGCAAGGCAGCAAAACUGCCAAGUGGGAUGCGGCACAAGCUAUUUUUAACAUCUGCUUGGCCCCUGAGAACAAGGCGAGGGCAGUGAAGGAAGGGGUAGUGGGUGUAGCCUGGAAGGCCAUCAUGGAUCAAUCUCUCGUAGAUGAGUCGUUGGCUAUCUUAGCUCUGUUUAAACGUGAGCAUGAGGCAAUGGAGGAGAUUAGUAGGAGCGGUGGGGUGCCUGCCUUGCUUGGUAUCAUUAGGGAGAGCUCCUGCAGAGAGAGCAAAGAGAAUGCAGUGGCGGUUCUGUUCGCAGUCUGCAUGCGGGAUCGAACGAAGCUGAGGAAGGUCUUGGAGGAGGAGAGUUUGAACAGGACGAUCUCUACUCUGAAUCAUUUCGGUACUAAAGGGGCUUCUGUCAAGGCCGGGAAACUUCUUCAGGUGCUGCGGAAUUUAGAUAAGAGAAACUAA